GUAAAGUCGUGACUGCUGAGGUCCAAAGGAAUACCCGGCUCAACAAAGCUGCAGCUCUCUGUCAGUCUGCCUACAGUGCUGAAGAGAAGCCUGGGGUUGUUUUUCUUUACUUGACACAUGACUUGGACUCUAUUUCAGAGACGAGACAUACUUGGACUAUGAGUGACCCGGAACCGGCGGCCAGCGUUUUGUUGCAUUGGACACUGAUCAGAACACGGUGGGGCUCAGGAAUGCUUGGUAUGGCAUCACCUUUAUUCUAAUUACUUUCCUACCAUCCAGAGACGCCCCAUGCAACGCCCCACACAACACACGUCUUGUCCCAGUCCCGUGGACGAGUGCACACAGACACCAUGAGCCUCCAGGCCGUCGUCCUUGCGCUCUUCGUCUGUUUCCACGCCUUUUCUUCAUCUCCCUCCGCUCAUCCGAGCGACGCAAAGCAGUCGGGCUGCUUCAAAGUCAACAACUGCAAAUGCAUCAUGAAGGAUGGCAGCGGGGUGAUAAACCUGAGGGCCACGGGGGACGCCGACGGGUUCCUGGGCCGUUGGAAGCCUGUGUCAACAGAGGUCCUGCUGUCCUUCAGCCCCUGCCAGCCCUUCUCACAGCCAGAGGACCUGACAGGAACGGACUGUACCGACGUCGCUGCAUGUCUCAUUGUCAGGCUCAACGGACACACCGGCCACUACGUCAGCUACGGGAGACACGACGGGAACCAAUUCCACUACAACGACACCACGAAGACACUGUCCGUCUCCUACCUGGGUGAGCUGAAACACAAUCAUCGCAGAGCACGACUCCCGUCGCAGACCGCCCUGUCAGCGUCCUCGUCUCCUGCAGGCGAGGACGAGCAGCCGCUGACGGUCGUGCACUACCACUGCAGUCCGAACCGGUCGGCCUCUGUCGUCAGCCAGCUGAGCCUCGGCGCAGAGCAGCCCCUGCACAUGUGGGUGGAGAGCCCCUGUGCCUGUCCCAAUUACUGCGCCAUGGGGGAUCUGGGUGUAGGCACCAUCUUCCUCAUCAUCCUCUCCCUCAGCGCUGCGGCAUACUUCAUUCUUGGCUCCUGUGCUCUGAGGCCCUUUCGGAGCAGCAGUGGAGUCCAGAUCUCUCCAGAGCGCAGCGUGUGGUGUAUGAUCUGUUACCACUGCACUGAGAGCAGGCCAGCUAGACGACGCUACGCAGACCCGACCCACUAAGGAAGCCUGCGAGAUGUCUCAGCAUGUCCCUCGGGGGGGGGACCUACAGAGGUCUCGUCCCGUGAUUAGUUUAGCAAUGUAGUGGAGGCCACACACACGCUCUCCAUAAGCCUUCAUACACAUUGUAUGGACCUUUUCAGGAACUGAUACACGUGGUUGUUUUGCAUUCACUUCCUUUUGUGUCCUACGUAUCACAUACAAAAUAAAGACAUUUGUUAAAUAUUGUGCAAAAAAAGUGCUUUAGUUAGUAAAUAUACGUUUGUGUAGUUAAUAUAAUAAUAAAAAGCACGCAUUGUCACAGGCUCUUUGACCCCACAGGAAUGCAGUAUUUUAUUUUGGUAGCUCUCCUGUGCUCCGGCCGUCUCUGAGGCUCCUACUGUGGGCUGUGAUGGCGUCAGAUAGCGUGCUGCUGAGGGCCGGGGCCUGACUGGAGUGUGGAGGACAUUUGUCCUCUGCUCUUCUCCCCUGCAAAGAGCAAAGCAACAUAUACGGUGAUAUAUCAGGUCCACAAACAGUUUACUGCUGGACUGACUGGAGGAAGCAAGAAGGCUUCCUUCAAUAUGAAGUGUGCACUUACAGAACGUGACAUGAUGGGAUGUGACGAGCGACUAAAGGUAAAGGCCACUCAAACUAUAUCCAAACAAUCAAAGCUAGAGCCGUGUUGUCUCUAAACAGGGGAUUAUGGAAGUGUACAUAACAGGAAGUGCUCAUCAACUUUCCACAAGGAACACACUUUUUCUAUGAUCUGUGAAAAUCCCUCGCGAGUAAGUUCAAGAGGCCUUAUGAUUAUGGUCAAACAUGAAUGCAUUUGAAAUGGUGUUUUAACUUGUGUUUGUCCCACAUGGACUUGAGGGAUCAGUCGGCGUCUGAGUCACAGCCGCCCCUCCCUCCAAAAGGUUUGGAUUUGGGAUGUUUUGAAACGAAAACAACUCGGCACUUCACAAUAUGAAGAACAGAUUUUUCUCCCCGGCCGUUUCUUGAGACGACAACACGCUACUGAGCAGAAGCAGCUUUCUUUUCAUUACUACUUUCAUUUACUAGUUGGUUCAACUGUAUUAUUCUAUUAUUGUACAAAGUUACCGACAAUGUCUCACCUGUUGCUUUCUCCGCUCUGACCUGAGCUCAUGCUAACGUCAGCUAGCUCCAUGAUGCAGGUGAUGCUAAUCAGUGAAUGUUGAGGACCACAGCUCACUAAAUAUACACCACAUUAAUGUGUGAUUUCCUUUCCUUAAGUUUAGUCCGCUAGUCGUCUUUGGCUUUGUUCCUACGAAGGAAACAGUUAGCACGUUAGCAUUCCUUCUGCAUUACAGCUUGUAACAAACUGCUUCAGCUCCAUUGAGCCUCCAUGUCUUUGUCCAUCUCCACACAUUACUCGCAAUGUCACCUCAUCCUGAAUGAUUGCGUGGAUGUACAUAUUCCAUUAGACGCAUAUCAGCAUUCACUCAGCUUUUCCAAUUACCUGGGGUAUUAUUUUUGGGGACCCCACCCUGCAACUGACAUCACAUCUGCGCUGUGUUUUGCAGCUCUGUUCCAGAUGUGAAGGAAAUUACCAGAGGAACAGUUCAUGAAAACAAGACUGAUGGCGGCUCUGAAACAGCAGCCCCUCCACACACUCACACCUCAGGGGGCUCAUCGCCUUCGUCGGGCCCCCCCCGCUCCUCAUCGUCACCGAGCGAUGAAGGCAGAUACAGAUGCAGUUGUGAGACCUUUGCGUCGCCAGGAUGUCCGUGAUGACCGGCCUCUUCUUGUCACGGGGAGCUGUUGGAGUUUCUGGGAGGAGAAGGUGUUUCAAAGACACGCAGCGGGAUUCAGCAUAACUACGACUCAAUAACUUUGUCUCACGGUAGCCAGAAUACAACCAACAUGCAGCAAAAACACACACUGCCCUCAAUACAAAUAAUUCAGCAGGAAUGCAGAAAAGGAUGAUUUGUUGGCGUCAUCAGCACAGCUGCACGUCUCCGAAGCCAGAAGGAGCCUGCAUGGGAUUGUGGACUGUGUGUGUGUGUGUGUGUGUGUGUGUGUGUGUGUGCUGAUCAAAAGGACCUUUAAAGUGAAUAACAGUGUGAGUAAACACCACAGUUAGUCCCGGUUAUGAAAGCAACAGUCUUUAUUAGCAGCAGAGCAGAGAAUUCCAAAUACUGUGCCGGGUCCAACAGGUGAGCGGCAGGAGAAUUUAUUAGGGUCACUAAACAGAUUAGUUUCUUCCAUCGUCUUUUAUUUAGCAUUUAUAUCUGCAGUGCAGCCGUGAGUCAUCAGGCAGCCUGUGCUGAUUAUUGUGGUCUAGGAAAUGAAAAUACUAAAGUGUACGCACACGUUUUAACAACUCUGUAUUAUCUAUGUUGUGAAACUGAUGGAUGCGUGGUAACAUUUACCUGUUUCACUGACUGGAUCUCCACCCUGUCAAGGCCUUCUUCCCGCCAUUCAUCACGCAAACACACAUGUUUGAAUUGACUUGAAUUGUGAGUACUUGUUGUUGCACAGGGCAUGGCGAAGCUUUUAAAGCAACACAUGAUGACCUUA